GUUAAAUACCAAUAAUCAGUCAAAGGUGCUACACUCGCUAAGUAAUUUUUAAAGUAAAGGUGAAUAGUAAUAGUAUAAGAGUCUAACUCAUUAGUUGUUAUUAGGCACUCGCACAUUAUGACAGUUGACUGGUACUCAACUCACUAAGUUCCCGAUUCAGUUGCUGACGGAGGAUUUUUUGAAAAUAAAUAUGUACUUGGUCUCCUAUCAUUGCCAGCUGGUAUUUUUUAUCCGGCAGUCGUGUCGAAAUUGUUUAUGGAGACCGCCGCCCUAUAAUCUGAAGUAUCAUGUCAUAAUAAAUCUAGUGAGCGAGAAUAAAAACCACUAUCUAGUAUUUUCUGCAAUAAUGGACGCUCCAAUGUUGUUCUAUAUUACAGGAAACAACAUAUAGAGACACAGGAUGGGCGAAUUUAAG